AAUGGGAGGGGGAGACGCAAGAUGGCGGCAGCCGCCAACUCGGCCUCGAGCCUCCCGCUCUUCGACUGCCCGAGCUGGGCAGGUAAACCUCCGCCCGGAUUACAUCUGGAUGUAGUCAAAGGAGACAAGCUAAUUGAGAAACUGAUCAUUGACGAGAAGAAGUAUUACCUGUUUGGGAGGAAUCCGGACCUGUGCGACUUCACCAUCGACCACCAGUCUUGCUCGCGGGUCCACGCCGCCCUGGUCUACCACAAGCACCUCAAGAGAGUUUUCCUCAUAGACCUCAACAGCACACACGGCACCUUCUUGGGACACAUCCGGCUGGAGCCCCACAAGCCCCAGCAGAUCCCCAUCGACUCCACCGUGUCGUUCGGCGCCUCCACGCGGGCCUACACGCUGCGCGAGAAGCCGCAGACGUUGCCCUCGGCCGCCAAAGGGGAUGAGAAGAUGAGCGGAGAGGACGACGAGCUCAAGGGGCUUCUAGGCCUCCCGGAAGAGGAGACGGAGCUUGACAAUCUGACUGAGUUCAACACGGCCCACAACAAGAGGAUCUCCACCCUGACCAUCGAAGAGGGGAACCUGGAUAUCCAGAGACCCAAGCGGAAACGGAAGAACUCACGGGUCACCUUCAGCGAGGACGAUGAGAUCAUUAACCCAGAGGACGUGGACCCCUCGGUCGGGCGCUUCAGAAACAUGGUCCAGACGGCGGUAGUUCCCGUCAAGAAGAAGCGCCUGGAAGGCCCGGGCUCACUAAGCCUGGAUGAGUCCGUUAGCCGGCGCCUGCAGAGCUUCCCGUUCAGCGGGGGGCUGUACGGAGGCCUCCCACCGACGCACAGCGAGGCCGGGGCUCAGGCUCACGGCGGUCACGGGACCGCGCUCAUCGGCGGCCUGCCCAUGCCCUACCCCAACUUGGCCCCCGAGGUGGACCUGUCCCCCGUGGCCCCCUCCGCUGGGGCCGCGCACCCAACCCCCAGCCCUGCCGUCUUUACCGCCGAUGUGCUUAACGAGCCCAAGAAGAAGAAAUACGCCAAGGAGGCCUGGCCCGGCAAGAAGCCCAUGCCCUCCUUACUCAUCUGAUAUUUUGGGUCGCGGAGGGUGAGGGACCGAUAAAACUUUGUGCGCGCGAUGCCACCCCUCGCCAGGGCUCGGCUCGGGCCCCCCCGCCGCCCUGUGGCACUCGGUCUGUGCCCUGGCAGCCAGCCGGCCCCCCCCUCCCCAACCCGUCCUGGCCGC